CCUCACUGCCAAGUACCCCUACAUACUCACCAACUCUUUGUUCUCAUAUCAAGAUUAUGCUCACUUCUUCUGCUUUCAAAUCCCUCAAGCAAGGACACAAUGCCAAAUUUUGAAAUGUCCAUAUGCAAGCCACCCUUCUAUAAAUUGCAAGCUCUGCCUCUCUAGUUCUUUGCCAAUUCCCACCGUUUCAUCUUCCUAUCUAUACCAAAACUUGUUCAUUUCCAAAUUCCAAUUGCAUCCAUGGCUUCUUUCCUUCAUAAUUUCCUGCUCUUCUUCUGUUCUUUAUCUCUUAUCAUUCUCACAUCUUCAGCAACCAAAUCCCAAACCCACGUCCCCAUCAGACCAAACAAGCUUGUCCUCAAAGUCCAGAAAGAUAGGGCAACCAAUCUCCAUGUGGUCCAAAUUCACAAAAGAACCCCUCUAGUCCAGUUCCCCUUUGUCAUAGACCUAACUGGGAGGUUCUUAUCAGUCAAUUGUGAGAACCAAUACACGUCAUCAACUUACAAAGCCCCUGUUUGCCACUCAAGCCAGUGUGCUAGGGCCAACAGCCACACGUGCCGCACGUGCAGCUCUUCGAAAACCAGACCAGGCUGCCAUACCAACGCUUGUGGGCUCUUGACCACGAACCCUGUGACCCAACAAAGUGCCCAGGGUGAGCUCGCAGAGGAUGUCCUCAAAAUCCCAUCAACCCAAGGCUCAAGCCCUGGCCCAAUGGUCACAUACCCCCAUUUCCUCUUUGCUUGUGCACCUUCCAACAUCUUGCAAAAGGGGUUACCCAAAAAUGUUCAAGGUGUUGCUGGUCUAGGCCACUCCCCAAUUUCCCUACCAUACCAACUAGCUUCCCACUUUGGCUUCCCACCAAAAUUUGCAGUGUGCCUCACUUCCUCACCUGGUAAAAAUGGCGCCGUUUUCUUCGGUGAAGGACCCUAUUUCAUGAAGCCGGGCAUCGAUGUGUCACGCCAGUUGACCUAUGCCCCAUUCACCAUAGGCCAGCAAGGAGAGUACUACAUCAAUGUUCAAUCAUUUAAAAUCAACAACGCCAUGUUGCCUUCGAUCCCAAAAGGUGGGUUUGGUGGGGCAAUGAUCAGCACCACAACUCCCUACACAACUCUCCAAACCCCAAUUUUCAGGGCACUCAAUCAGCUUUUCAUGAACCAGCUUCGAGGGGUGCCUCAUGUGAAACCCGUGGCACCAUUUGGGGCAUGUUUUGACGCAAACAGAAUCCCUACCAGCAAGAUGGGGCCUACGGUUCCCAGCAUAGACCUUGUUCUGGACAAUAAGAAAAACAUCAUGUGGAGAAUUUUUGGUGCAAACGCUAUGAUUCAGCCACGUCCUGGCGUGAUGUGUUUGGCGUUUGUGGACGGUGGGAUGAGGCCUAAGGCUCCAAUUGUGAUUGGGACCCAGCAGUUGGAGGAUAAUCUGCUGCAGUUUGAUUUGAUGAACUCAAGGCUGGGAUUUAGCUCUUCCUUGUUGUUCCGCAGGACCAACUGUGCCAACUUCAACUUUGGCACCUCCUCCACCAACACUGAUCCGUAGAUUGUGAACCCCUUUGAGAGAUGAUCUGAGGGUUUUUGUGUAUGUUGAUAAAAUAAAAUAUGUACUUUAAAGCUUUAUGUUUGAUGUUGUCUCUAAUUAAGUGACGGCAUAAAUAAAACUUUUAUUUAAUUA